GGCAGCGCGGCGGCCGCCAUCUUCCGUGCCGGCGGCGGCGGCGGUGCAGGCGCGGGGUCAGCGGCGCGGCGGCGCCCCUCGCUCGGCCCGGCGGCGGGCGUGGACCAGGCAGGAGCCCGGGCCGCCGGCAGGUUCGCCGCCCGCGCGCCCGCGGGCAGGGUGUGGAGCGCAGACACCGCCGGACCCGCCCGAGGCCGCCCGCGCCCCCCGGGCCGCGCAGAUGGGAUAGGCGGCGAAGAUGUUCAGCUUCGAAGGGGACUUCAAAACGAGGCCCAAGGUGUCGCUCGGCGGCGCGAGCAGGAAGGAAGAAAAGGCUUCUCUUUUACAUCGCACUCAGGAAGAAAGAAGGAAAAGAGAGGAAGAAAGACGAAGAUUAAAAAAUGCAAUAAUUAUUCAAUCAUUUAUUCGAGGCUACAUAGACAGAAAACAGCAAUAUUCCCUUCAGAGAAGUGCGUUUGAUCGCUGUGCACACUCUGCACAGUCUGGUGGCACUUUCUCCGUCGCUAGUGCCUCCAAUCUUACCCUCCUGGUAAGGCAGCUUCUGUUUUUUUACAAACAAAGUGAAGACGCAAAACGAUUGAUAUGGCUGUAUCAGAACUUAAUUAAACACAGCUCCCUGUUUAUCAAGCAGCUGGAUGGAUCUGAGAGACCGACAUGCUUAUUUCAGAUAAAGAGGCUCAUGAGCCUCUGUUGCAGGCUGCUGCAGAGCUGUAGCGACGACAGUCUGAAUGCUGCACUGCCAAUGAGGAUGCUUGAGGUCUUCUCCUCGGAGAGCACUUACCUGCCCGUCUUGGGGGACGCUGGCUACGUGGCCUCAGUCAUCGAGCAGAUUCUGCACUACAUGGUCCACAAUGGGUAUUAUAGGUCUCUCUAUUUGUUGAUUAACAGCAAGCUUCCAUCAAGUAUUGAAUAUUCUGAUUUAUCUCGAGUUCCUAUAGCAAAAGUAUUGCUGGAGAAUGUCCUAAAACCGUUGCACUUUACCUACAGCUCCUGCCCAGAAGGUGCAAGGCAGCAAGUUUUUUCCGCCUUCACAGAGGAGUUUCUGGCAGCACCUUUCACAGAUCAGAUUUUCCGCUUCGUCGUCCCGGCAUUAGCGGACGCACAGACCGCCUUCCCUUACGAGCCCUUUCUGAGCGCACUGCUGUCACUGGAGAGUGGAUGCCCGAGCAGGAGGGCUGGAGCGCCGUGGCUCUUCUAUUUUGUUUUGACUGUCGGCGAGAAUUACCUGGGGUUGCUCUCUGAGGAGGGCCUGCUGGUGUACCUGCGAGUGCUCCAGACGUUCCUCUCCCAGCUACCUGCCUCCCCUGCCGGCGCCAGCUCCCACGAUUCCACCAGCGACUCCGAGGAUGAGAGCGCAGAGGCCGACAAGCCUGCCAGCCCUGAGGACGGCAGAGUCUCUGCCCCGGACAUCACCGAGGAGUGUCUGAAGAAGCUGGACACGAAGCAGCAGACCAGCACCCUGCUGAACCUGGUGUGGAGGGACUCGGCCAGCGAGGAGGUCUUCACCAGGAUGGCCUCCAUCUGCCACACACUGAUGGUGCAGCACCGCAUGAUGGUGCCCAGAGUCAGGCUCCUCUACAGUCUAGCCUUCAAUGCCAGGUUUCUGCGGCACCUUUGGGUCCUCAUCUCUUCCAUGACGACGCGGAUGAUCACGGGGUCGAUGGUGCCGCUGCUCCAGGUGAUGUCCAGGGGCUCCCCCAUGUCCUUCGAGGACUCGAGUCGCAUCAUCCCGCUCUUUUACCUCUUCAGCUCCCUCUUCAGUCAUUCGCUGAUUUCCAUCCAUGACAAUGAAUUCUUCGGCGACCCCAUAGAAGUUGCAGGGCAGAGGCGGCCGUCCAUGAUGCCCUUCACGCUGGAGGAGCUGGUCGUGCUGUCCCGCUGCCUGCGCGACGCCUGUCUGGGCAUCAUCAAGCUGGCCUACCCGGAAGCCAAGCCCGAGGUGCGGGAGGAGUACGUCACCGCCUUCCAGAGCGUCGGCGUGACCACCAGCUCUGAGGUGCAGCAGUGCAUUCAGACGGAGCAGAAGCGCUGGAUCCAGUUGUUCAAGGUCAUCACCAACCUAGUGAAGAUGCUCAAGUCCAGAGACACGAGGAGAACCUUUUGUCCUCCGGACCACUGGCUGUCAGAACAAGAGGAUAUUAAAGCAGAUAAGGUCACCCAGCUCUACGUGCCCGCGUCCAGACAUGUGUGGAGGUUCCGGCGGAUGGGGAGGAUUGGUCCGCUACAGUCCACCCUGGAGGUGGGUCUGGAGUCCCCACCGCUGUCUGUGUCUGAGGAGCGGCAGCUGGCGGUCCUGACGGAGCUGCCUUUCGUGGUUCCCUUUGAGGAGCGAGUGAAGAUUUUUCAAAGGUUGAUUUAUGCAGAUAAGCAAGAAGUUCAAGGAGAUGGCCCAUUUCUGGAUGGAAUUAAUGUCACAAUAAGAAGAAACUAUAUUUAUGAAGAUGCUUAUGACAAACUUUCCCCAGAAAAUGAGCCUGAUUUGAAAAAGCGGAUCCGUGUGCAUUUGCUCAACGCCCAUGGCCUGGAUGAAGCCGGCAUCGAUGGUGGUGGUAUUUUCAGGGAGUUUUUAAAUGAACUGCUAAAAUCAGGAUUUAACCCCAAUCAGGGGUUCUUUAAGACUACUAACGAAGGGCUUCUGUACCCCAACCCGGCUGCUCAGAUGCUCGUGGGAGACUCUUUUGCCAGACAUUACUACUUCCUAGGCAGGAUGCUUGGAAAGGCUCUCUAUGAAAACAUGCUGGUGGAGCUGCCCUUUGCUGGCUUCUUCCUCUCCAAGCUGCUGGGGACCAGUGCAGAUGUGGACAUCCACCACCUGGCCUCCUUGGACCCUGAGGUCUACAGGAACCUGCUGUUCCUCAAGAGCUAUGAGGAGGACGUGGAGGAGCUGGGGCUGAACUUCACCGUGGUGAACAACGACCUGGGAGAGGCCCAGGUGGUUGAACUCAAGCUCGGCGGGAAGGACAUCCCUGUCACCAGUGCCAACCGCAUCGCCUACAUCCACCUGGUGGCCGACUACAGGCUGAACAAGCAGAUCCGCCCACACUGCCUGGCUUUCCGGCAGGGCCUGGCCAACGUCGUCAGCCUGGAGUGGCUCCGAAUGUUUGACCAGCAGGAAAUUCAGGUAUUAAUUUCUGGUGCACAAGUUCCCAUAAGUCUGGAGGACCUAAAAUCCUUUACAAACUAUUCAGGAGGCUAUUCUGCCGAUCACCCUGUCAUCAAGAUCUUCUGGAGAGUCGUGGAAGGCUUCACUGACGAGGAGAAGCGCAAGCUGCUCAAGUUUGUGACGAGCUGCUCCCGGCCCCCUCUCCUGGGCUUCAAGGAGCUGUACCCGGCCUUCUGCAUUCACAACGGAGGCUCGGACCUCGAGCGGCUGCCCACGGCCAGCACGUGCAUGAACCUGCUGAAACUCCCGGAGUUCUACGACGAGGCCCUUCUGCGAAGCAAGCUGCUCUACGCCAUCGAGUGCGCUGCCGGCUUCGAGCUGAGCUGAGUGGCCCGGCUGGGUCUGACCCCAGAGCAGCCGGCCCCUCCCCAGGCCCGCGAGGCGCUCAGGCUGGAUUGCGGCUCUGCAAGCGCUCCCCUCCAGCAUUCCUCCCUCCUUCAUUUUUUAGAUGAUUUUUAUUACAACACAGCCACUUAUUUAGAUGGACAUUGCUUUUCAAGUAACUUAAAAUAAGUUGUUUUGUGCCGGGCGGCUGAUGUAGUAACUCCGCCAAGAGGAGCAGUUUUUAGACUAGUGGCAACUGGGUGAAAUUAACCAAAGAUGAAGCUUUGGCUUUGCUGACCUGGCUAGGGUCCUCCUGAGCUGUGGCCACCACCUCCUGUGUGGGCACCCCAUGGUCUGCAACCAACGGGGGGCUGAGACGCCGCCCGGCCAGCGCUUCUCACGUGGUUGAUUGUUUACAAGCCUAACUGUUGAACCUGAAGGCACCCUUCCUGCUGCCUUCCCACAGUGACCGGGUCUGGACCCUAGAGGGUGGUGUGUCGCUGUGCUUUGAUGCCAUUCCCCGCGGGACCAGCUUGCUGUUUCCAGUGCAGCCUCGGCCUGCAUUGUGAUGGCCUGGGUGUUGCUGUGUGGGUGUGAGGUGGUCCCUGCAUUCACGUCUGUCUCCAUGUGGUGCCUGGAGCUUCCGGGGAGGCCACGCAGGGCCCACAUCCCACAGCGUGCGUGUGGCCUACAGGGAGCGGCAGCUAGGGCAGGAGGCCCUAGAGCUUCUAUUAAAGUCGUUUGAACCAAAGUGGCGGGCUGCGUUUCUCCGUGACCACACGCCCCCCAGUCCGCUGCAGCGCCCGUCACCCGGGGCAUCUUGGGGUACCUUGCGCCCUGUGCUCCUGGCUGCUGCCCUGACGGGAAGACGGGCCUCCCUGGCGCACAUGGGGUAGGGGAGUCUCACAUAGGCACUUUAUCAGGACCCGGCUGUCUGCGGGGACCUCAGCCACCUCACGGCACCGGGCGCUGGCCGCCAGGGCGGCAGGCUAGAGCUGGGGAGUGCUGCAGAGCCCGUCCCCGUGCCCCCGCGUGCCCUCCGCUGGAGGCCUGUGGGCUGUCCAGUCGGCAGACCGGGAUAGCAAUAUACUUCUGAAUGGGAAACGGAACGACAUUUUCAAGACAAUGACCGUUAUCAAAACAAAAUGUAUAAUUUCUUAAUUUGAAUAAUAAAUUAAGUGUUUAAAUGCUAUUUGUAGUCUUGAUAAACCAAUAAAUAGCAUUUGUCUAGGUUUUAUUUUUA